AUGGCGCGGCGCAAGUUAGUGAAUGGCGUAGACGGCGACACGGCCGGCGCGGCGUUUCUUUUAGAAGAUGUGACUCUAUCGGCGGGAGAUCGCGACCUGCUCUCGCUAGUUUCAUGGCGGGUAAUGCCGGGGGAGCGAGUCGGGUUGGUGGGGUCAAACGGGUGUGGCAAGUCAACGCUUCUGCGUGCUCUGAUUGGUCGACAGCUGGUGGACGGCGGGAGGGUGAUUGUAUCGCGAGGAUCGCGGAUCGACUACCUGGAACAAACUGCUGUGUCAGGAUCACGGAGGAGCGUGUGGGAGGAAGCGAGCUCUCGCAUGGAUGCUCUCAACCAAGCAGAGGCUGACAUGCAUUCAGCUGAGGCUGAGCUGACAGGUAGCGAGGAUGAGGUGGCAGCAGAUGGAGCUGAGCUGGCGGGUGGUUUGAGUGACGUGGCGGGGGAGAGGGCGAGGGCGAUGGAGCAGGCUGCAAUCCGAUUCGUCGAGGCGCAGAUGCGCUUCGAUGCGAUUGGGGGAGCGAAAAAGGACGAGAUUGUUUCCAGUGUGCUCAAAGGUCUCGGGUUCGAUUCCUCCAACUGGCACAAUCCCUGCGACUCCUUCUCUGGCGGCUGGCAGAUGAGAAUCGCCCUGGCCAGGCUGCUUCUGGGGCAGGCAUCAGCUGCAGCCGCAGGGCAGGGGGACAGGUCGCUGCUGUUGUUGGAUGAGCCUACCAAUCACCUGGAUGCCGCUGCUAGGGCAUGGCUGGCGGACUACUUAUGUCGGGUGCAAGCAGCCUUAGUGGUGGUGAGUCACGAUCAGACCCUCCUGGACCGCGUCUGCCAGAAGAUCGUUGAAGUGCGGGGGUCCCAGCUGCACCACUACUCGUGCUCCUUCUCCAAAUUCCUGGUCGAGAGGGAGGAGCGGAGGAGGCAGAGGGAGAGGGAGAUGGAGGGGAAGCGGGGCGAGAUUGCGAAGCUGGAGGGGUUUAUCAAUAGGUUUGGGGCUAAAGCUACCAAGGCUGCUGCUGCGAAUUCGAAGAAGAAAGCACUGGAGAAGAUUCGAGCGAGCAUGCCUGAUGAGGAUGAAGAGGAGGCAGCCUUUGCCAGCGACGCGGGAGGGGACCGAAGGAAGGUGGCUGUGAGGUUCCCGCCGCCUCCCCCCUGCUCACGCGAAGUCAUCAUGCUUAGAUGCGCUGCCGUUGGCUGGGCUGGUGCCACGUCACCUCUGAUUGAACACGUUAGCUUCAGCAUUGAGACUGGCACAAGAACCUUAAUAGUUGGUCCAAACGGAGCGGGCAAGUCAACUCUUCUCAAGGCCAUGGCAGCAGGGGCAGGUGCAGAGCUGAUGGGAGGAGAGAGGGAGACGGGUGAGGGGGCGAGCCUGGGCGUGUUUUCACAGGACCUGGCUCAGGACUUGCCUCAGGACGUCACUGCUCUAGACUAUGUGCUCAGUGUCGCACGGGAGCACAACCCUCUGGUAACCAACGAGCAAGGCCGUACCGCCCUGGGAUCCCUCGGCCUAUCAGGUCCUGCGGCUCUAAGGCAAAUCGCAGCCCUUUCCGGAGGGGAGAAGGCGCGGGCGGCGUUGGGUGGACUGUUGCUGCGGCCGCACAACGCGCUCCUAUUGGACGAGCCGUCCAACCAUCUGGAUAGGGCUACAAUGAUGGCAUUGGCCUCAGGAUUGCAGCAGUUCAAAGGUGCGGUGGUGGUGGUGUCCCACGAUCACGAUUUCUGCGAACUCUUUCAGCCCACUCAGCUCAUUCGCAUCGACGGCUCUGGCAGCUGCAUCUUUGAGCUGCUCCCUCAAGAUGUGACUGCAGGGGAGGGUGACAAUGCUGCGGCAGAGGCAUUUCAACGGAGUGUAGAGGUGAAGGAGCUGAAGAAAAAGCUGCAACAGGUACGCACCAAGAUACAACGGACACUCGCCACACUGGAUAAAGGGGAGGCAGCGAUUGCGUCGUACGAUGAAGUGAUGCUGGAAGCUGGGAGCGACGUGGAACGAGUGAUGAAGGUUCAGGAAAUGAAGGACGCCGCUCUUGUGAAGAUGAGUGAGCUGGAGCAACAGUGGGAGGACUUGGAGGAAUCUGCUGCACAACUGCAAGAGAGCCGGGAUAAAAUCCCGGCCAUGGGUCACAAGGUGCACAAGCCGGGAGACGAGCAUCGUUUCCAUUCGCUGACUCAUCCCCACACCCAUGCGCAAGCCGGCAGUCCCCGCCUCCGACGAACUCGCAUUCCGUCACGCGUGCUUGUGCAAACUAAGGCGGUCCUGUCGCGGCAGGCGAAGCGCCUUGCACGGAAGGCCGACGAGCUCGAACACGUGAUCUCCAAAGUUACAUAUUGUUUAGGCGUCCUUUGCUUCGGCAUCUUCUGUUUCCUCCUCGGAUCCCGGCCGUAUGACGUUCCUCGUUUAUACGCCGCCUUCUUCCUCAUGGCCACACCCCUCCGCUGGAUCUACUACCGCAGCAAGAAAUGGCACUACUUUCUUCUCGACUUCUGUUACUAUGCGAACGCGAUUCUGGUGGCGUUUCUCGUCUUCUUCCCCAUGAGUCAGCACCUCUUCCUCGUCUGCUUCGCCUUCUCUGAGGGUCCCUUGGCCUGGGCGCUCAUCGUAUGGCGAUGCAGCCUGGUGUUCAGCUCAGUGGACAAGAUCGUGAGCGUGCUGAUACACCUGUUACCCGGUACAGUAAUCUUCAUUAUCCGCUGGUGGGACCCGGUGACCUUCCACCACCACUCAGCAGACGACACGGGCCCCUGGCCUGCGUGGCCGCACGUGGCGAGCAUGGGCGAGCUGUGGGUGUGGAUGCUUGUGGUGCCCCUCAUCGCCUACAGCCUGUGGCAGAUUCUCUACUGGUUGGUGGUGGAGGUGCUGAGGAAGCGACGUUUGGUGAGGGACCCAGAGGUGAUGACGUCAUUCCGGGAACUUUCCAAGAAGGCCUCCCGGGCCAACAACUUCUGGUGGUGGCUGAGUGGUGUGCUGGGGGACUCGCACCGCUUCUUCAUGUACGCCCUCAUUCAGGGCGUCUUCACGGUGGCCACGGUGGCUCUCACAGUGCCCAUGUUCUGCAGUUACCGCUUCCAUGCGCUCUUCCAGAUCUUCAAGAUUGCUGCCUCUAUCUGGAACGGAGGUAACUUCAUAUUUGAUGUGCUGCCACGGCAAGUGCAUGCGAAGCGAAUGAAAAGGGCAGCCAAGGCAGCAGAAGGAGGAGUGGUUAGUAGUGGCCUCGAAAAAGACCACCUGCUAGAUUCCCCCAGUUGGGAUGGACAUGCGAGCAGCAGGGAAGAACGCCGGGCAGAAAAACGGGCAGCUGCGGUUGAGGCGGCAGAUGCAGCGGCAUCACUGGAUGGGGCGUUUGUUCCGCCCAUCAGUGGGGAUUUCUUGUUACCGGGUAACAACUCGUGGAGCCAUGUGGGGUGGGUUGCGAGUGAAGAGGUGUGGAAGCAAGACUGGCAGGGCGGCUCCCUCGGGAUUUGA